CUCGCGCACGGACCGGUCCCAGCGUCACCUCGCACGCUCUGUCGAAAUCGCACCCUAGGCGCAUUGCCACCGAACGCGAACCGCGAGACCGCUCGUCCGACGCGCCGCGUCUACCCCGCUUCGUCGUCGAAAUAGCUUUUGUUCGAAAAACCGACGCUCUUAACUUUAACAUAGUUGUUGGUUAUCUCUUCGCUGAAGGCGAAACGUAAAGAUCGUCAAAGAAUAGGAGUGUGACCGUGAAAACGUAUCGUAGUGGUUUCUGUGAGGGUGAUGGCGUACGCAUGUGCAUUCUAUCCUGGAGGGUAGUCUGAAUAGUCGCACGAGAAGGUCAUCUCAGACAUAAGGCGGCUGAAUAAUAUGUAAUAACUCGCUGAACCGUGAUCUUACAUAUUACUUCGCCUAAGCGGCAGCGACUGACUUAAGCCACCAAAACCAUGGGCAAGAAGAACUCGAAACUAAAACAAGACACGAUCGACAGGCUGACUAACGCAACAUACUUUACCGAGAAAGAAAUAAGGCUCUGGCAUAAAGGAUUCUUAAAGGACUGCCCGAAUGGUUUGCUUACUGAACAGGGCUUUAUUAAGAUCUAUAAACAGUUCUUCCCUCAAGGUGACCCGAGCAAAUUCGCUUCGCUGGUCUUUCGGGUCUUCGACGAAAAUAAUGACGGGUCUAUCGAGUUCGAAGAGUUUAUUAGAGCUCUCUCGGUGACGUCACGCGGUAAUCUAGACGAGAAAUUACAUUGGGCAUUCCGUUUAUACGAUGUUGACAACGACGGCUACAUAACAAGAGAUGAAAUGUACAACAUAGUCGACGCGAUCUAUCAGAUGGUUGGUCAAACACCACAGCCGGAAGAUGAGAACACUCCGCAGAAACGCGUCGACAAAAUCUUCGACCAGAUGGACAAGAACCACGAUGACCGUCUCACCCUCGAGGAAUUCCGCGAGGGCAGCAAGGCCGACCCGCGCAUUGUUCAGGCGCUCUCACUUGGAGGCGAUUAAUCGACGAUCAUCCUCUCGCCGGAUUUCUCAUUAUUCCCUGAAGAUUAAAACGUCUUUACUUUAAUUUUUUUACGGAAAACUUUAUUGUAUGUCUAACUUUUGUUCACUUCUCGUUUUUAAUGAAGUCUGUUCUAUUUUAAAUUUCUAACAAACUUAUCUAACUCUGAGUUUGCCAAUAAAAAAAUAGCAUGUGGCAAUCAAUAAGAUUUCAAAAUACUGAAUUAACCCAUUACAUACCUACCCAUAUUUCAGAACAUUAUAUCCAUAUGCAUUAAUUUAUGUUUUUUUAAAAAGUUAACGUAACUGUUUGCCAAAAAUUGACGAAUAGAAUAAUUGACCAAUUAAGAGGUCGAUUAUUACAGCUGCGGCAAUGUAAAAAAUCUGAUACUAGGCACCAUGCCAAUUGGAUAACCGGUUCUUAGCUUUUCAUCUGCACGAGCCAAGAACCUUGAUAUUUUACUUUCAAAAUAUUUCAUAUUAACUUUAUAUUUUGCUUUGGCAUCAUUUAGAAAUGAAUUUGAUUAAUCUUAGUAUAAUUUGAUUCCAGAUAAAAACUGA